CAAAGCUCGAGCUCUACCAGAACAUUUACCGCACUGCUUCACGGUGUGGAGAUACAGCUGACAUUCAGUUGAAGGGAUGCCUGCGCGCACUCUAUCAUCACUCGAGGAAAUAUCCUCUUCUAUCCCGAAAAUCUUCGACCAAGCACAAGUAUCCACAGCUAACCAUCAGAAGAACUACGUCGCCCUAUACAAACUCCACCUCGAGGCUUCUAAGCACACGGAACCGAUUAACAAGGGAAGGACAGUCAAACAUGUCGGACAGAAAGCAUUUGAAGACGUUGUGGUGGAAAUGACAAGUCGUUUGCUGCCGCUGAAGAAAGGGACGACCGUGGCGGACAGGAUCGUAAAGUUUAUUGGAGGCUAUGUGAGGUUUAUGAAUGAGAAAGUCCUCGAGGAGCGCAAGAAAAAUGGCGGCGACGCGGACGAAUACGACGAUACGCCCGCUUCACGCUUUGCGAGCAGAAUGCUCAAAUUCCUCCUCAAGGGGUUCCUCGCCAAGGACAAGAAUGUCCGUUAUAGGGUCGUGCAGAUCCUUGCCGAAGUAGUGUCGCAUAUGGGUGAACUUGACGAGGACUUGUAUACCCAAAUACGCGAGUCUCUUCUUGACCGCCUACGCGACAAGGAGCCCUUCGUGCGCGUGCAAGCGGUCAUAGGAUUGGCGAAGCUGUAUGGCACGGAAGACCCUGCCGACCUCGAAGACGGCGAACCGCCGGUCGUCGAAGUACUCCUCGACACCUUGGCGCACGAUCCCUCUGGCGACGUCCGCCGGGCCGUCCUAGUUAACGUGCACAUCAACCAGGCGACUCUGUCCUACAUCCUAGCCAGGAGCCGCGAUACCGACGCCAUCAUCCGCAAGCUCUUCUACACUCUGCUCGAGAGCAACUGCGUGCCCCCCGACGACUCCAACGGGCUGGGCAUUACGGACCCGCGAGUCCUCUCCAUCGCGCAGCGUGAGCUAAUCGUGCGGAACGGCCUGGGCGACCGCGAGCCGUCCGUGCGCAGCGCUGCGGCCAAGCUGAUCGUCACCUGGCUGGAGGUGGUCGGGGAGAAGAUGGAGGGCGACGAGCCCGCGAAGGAGGUCAUCGCGUUCCUGCGGCUAUUCGACCUCGCCGAGACCGGGAUUGCGGAAGACGCGCUUAGGAGUGUCUUUGCUUCCCGAGUCGAUAUCUUUGAUAACGUGGAAUUUGGAGACCAGUACUGGGCGGAUUUGACGCCCGAGAAGGCGUUUCUCGCCCGCGUCUUCGUUGAUCACUGCAUCUCCACCAAGGACGACGCAAGGCUCGAGUCGGCGCUGCCUGUCGUCACACUCCUUGCCUUCAGAAUCCAGUCGACGUACAACGAUCUGAUGGAGCAGAUUCAGGACGACGAGGAGCAGAAGUUCCUCCGCGGUGAAGACCACGAAGAUGAUGAGGAGCGCGCCAGAAAGGAGGAUGAGAGGAUGGACAAGGAGUUCGUCAUUGGCGAGAUGCUGAGGUUGGCGGUGAACUUGGAUUAUGCGGAUGAGAUUGGGAGGAGGAAGAUGUUCCAGCUCGUUCGCGAUAUGAUAUCCCAGGAGACUCUGCCCGAGAGCCUGCUGUCACGCUGUCUGGACGUUCUGCGGAAGCUGUCGCCGAACGAGCGCGACCUCAUCCGCCUCGUUGUUGAAGUAGUCCACGAAUUACGAGAUCCUGAGAUGGAAGAGAAGGAAGCCAGUGCCGGCGACGAUGGCGAGACAACCUACGCGGAGACGCCCAUGACAGUCAGGACUGUCAGAGCUGCCCCGAAGCCACCUUCCGAGAUGACGCCAGAAGAGAAAGCUCAGGCAGACGCUAUAGACCUCCGGUGUCUGGCAUUAUGCAUAGGGAUGCUUGAGCGAGUCAACGGGACCUUCGAGGAAAACUCCACGCUUGAAGGUAUUCUGGGCGAGUUGAUUAUCCCUGCAGUCAAGCGUAAGGAGCUGGCCUUGAGAGAGAAGGGUCUUGUCAGCCUUGGACUGUGUUGCCUCAUCGCUAGACGCAUGGCCCUCAACUCCUUCCAACUUUUCUUGAGUCAAGUACAGUCUGCACCGGAGUUGCUCAAGAUCCGCGUCCUACAGAUCAUCUUCGAUAUUCUCAUGGUGCAUGACCGCGAUUUCUUGGGCAAUGAAGGCGUGGCGGGCGACCGGAUUAUCGAAUUCCUCCUCCAGAUAUGGGGUAAUGAGGAAUCCGAGAAAGUUCAGGCCUUGAUGUGUGUCGGUAUUGCGAAAUUGAUGCUAUCCGGCAUGGUGACCGAUGAGAGGGUUCUCAAGAGCCUCGUCUUCGCCUACGUCUCCCCAGAGACGGCAGGAAAUCAGGAACUCCGCCAGUGCCUAUCGUACUUCUUCCCUGUAUACUGCUAUUCGUCCCCGGCGAAUCAGCGCAGGAUGCAGAAGAUCUUCAUUCCGAUCUUCGAAGAGCUCUCGCAAGUGUACAAGGAGCUUGACGAUGACCGAGAGAUGAUUUCGCCCGCGAACGUAGUAGCCAUGUUCGUCGAUUGGACGGAUCCCCAGAAAGCUGUUGCCGUCCGCGGACAGGCAGCAGAUGAUAAGAUCCACUUCGAUAUGGCCACCGAGAUCGUUCGGACGCUUUACAGCAAGGACAUGGAGAAGGAUGAAAAGAAGGUCCUCUGCCAAUCCUUAUCCAAGCUGUACAUACCCGACGUCGUGGACGACGAUCAGAUCCGCACUUUGAAGCUACUCAUGCACAAUCUGGCAUCCCGACGACCUCUGAAGGAUACGACCGCCAAUAACGCCCUCACCCGUUUUGAUGCAGCCAUCUCGAAGAAGUUCGAGAAGCAGCUCGAAGACUUCGACGAGGAGCAGUACAGGGAGCUCGAGAGCCUGAAGGAGCUAUUCGAAUUCCUCGACGACAUCAUCCCGGAGAGCGACGAGGAUGAGCAGGACACUCCCGUGCCGAAGAAGCGGGCGACGCGGAAACGUCGCUCACAGAGCGUCGCUUCUACGGCGACGGCUGAGACCACGGAUAGGGAGGAGUCGGCAACGCCCUCGGCUGAGAACAGUCGGAAAGGCAAGGGCAAGAAACGGGCCCGCCUUUCCACUGAGACUGAUACCGAUAGCAAUGCCACUGAGGAAAUUCCCUCUCGAGCGAUGCCUGCCAGAACCGCGCGGACCAAGGCAAAGAGCAAAGUUGCCGCGCAGCAGGCUGAUCGUGACGAGUCUACUCCGGAGCCCCCCAGCAGAAAACGUGCUUCAAAGAAAGCAGAGGAGGCGAGGCUGGACGAGGAGAUUGACGGCCUCCUCGAUGGUGACGAGCCAGACUCGAUUAUGGACUCGGACGAAGAUGAAGAGGAGGAGGUCGGUGAAUUGCUCGAAGCGGAGUGAGGGAAGAGGCUUGGGCAGACGUAUAUUUAUCGUUCAUGUAUGACUAUGUAUCCACAUCUACCCUGCUGAUUCGUUUGGACCUUGUCCUUUCUCAUUUGGAAAGUGCUAAUCUCCCGCGGUUUCAACCCACGC